UCCGGGAUCCUGGGUGUGUGCAGUCAGCUCAGCUCAGAGACUGAGAGAAAACACCAGGAUCCUCUCAACGUGAGUCCAGCUGUGCCUGUCAUCUGUCACCUUGUUUGAAAACUUCUACUCUUCCUCCAUCGGGCGGACCGAGAAUGGGAAACUAUCCGAGCUAGUUUCUGAAGAGGACAUACAUUCAGAGGGGAACUGUGCUAAAACUACCAGGUUGAGCCCUCAGUCACGCCGUUUACCUCCAGAGAAGGAACAGGAGCACAGUGGAGAUGCAGACCUUUCUGAAAGGCCGGAGAGUCGGCUACUGGCUCAGCGAGAAGAAGAUGAAGAAGCUGAAUUUUCAGGCCUUUGCUGAUUUGUGCAGGAAAAGAGGAAUAGAAGUUGUUCAGCUGGAUCUCAGCCAGCCACUGGAGGAGCAGGGUCCCCUGGAUGUCAUCAUCCACAAACUGACUGACCUCAUCCUGGAGGCUGACCAGAAUGAUUCACAGGCCGUGCUGCUCGUCCAAAGAGUACAGGACUAUAUUGAUGCCCACCCUGAGACUAUCGUUCUGGACCCCCUUCCAGCCAUCCGAACUCUGCUGGACCGCUGCAAGUCCUACCAGCUCAUCCACAGGAUAGAGAGUUGUAUGCAAGAUGAGAGGAUUUGCUCUCCUCCAUUCAUGGUCUUGAACACUGAGUGCAGCCCAGAUGUGCUGGAGCAGAUCAGGAGGCAAGGACUCACAUUCCCCUUCAUUUGCAAAACACGAGUGGCUCAUGGAACCAACUCCCAUGAGAUGGCCAUUAUCUUCAGUGAAGAGGACCUGAAAGACGUGAAGCCCCCAUGUGUGAUCCAGAGCUUCAUCAACCACAACGCAGUGCUCUACAAGGUGUUUGUGGUGGGAGACUCCUACACCGUGGUGGAGAGACCUUCACUGAAGAACUUCCCUGCUGGACCAGCAGACAGGAAAGCCAUUUUCUUCAAUAGCCACAAUGUUUCCAAGCCAGAGUCGUCCUCGGACUUGACCUCGAGAGAGAACGUAGAGGGAGUGUCUCAGCCACCCAGUGAUGAUGUCAUCAGAGAGUUGUCCCGGUCCUUGCGAGAAGCGCUGGGCGUGUCCCUGUUUGGCAUCGAUGUCAUCAUCAACAACCAAACAGGCCAACAUGCCGUCAUCGACAUCAAUGCAUUCCCUGGUUAUGAGGGCGUCCCGGAGUUUUUCAAUGACCUCCUGAACCACAUCAGCAGCGUGCUUCAGAGCCACAACCCCGACUUCACCCCCCCCAGCGAGCAGCCCAAAGGCCUGCCAGUGAGCACCACGGUACCUAACGCCGUCCCGCCGGCCCCCGGCUGCUGCAGCAUGCUGGGUAAAGAUGCCAGCGGCAGCCCCUGGAUCGUAGAGGGCGACGGAGGCCUGAAGGGUCCGCGUCAGAGACUGGGCUGCAACUCGGCCAUGUCCCCCAACUUCCAGCAGCACUGUGUCUCCACAAUAGCUACCAAGGCUUCCUCCCAGUGACUGAUCCCCUGCCCCACACUCCGUUUGACCCCUGAACAAAAAACGGAUGACAAUGGUGACAAUAAUAAUGAAUAAUAAUCAUAAUAAUUAUGAUGUUAAUGAUGAUAAUAUAUCUAAUCAAAAAACAAACCUUUUCCUAUAUAGUUAUUGAAAAUGAUGGUGAUUGGGUGUAAGCUUUUUUCUCUCUGCCUUUUUGUAUUUUUCGUUUUGUCUAAUGAGACUUAACAGUACUGUAAUGUGAACUUUUGGGAACUUUUUGCCUAAUAGCUGAUUUUAUUUUUCUCUCUCGUGUGACUUCUCUGUAAUGAAAGGGUCCAGAUGAGGUAGCUAAUACGAAUGGCCGAAUCAGGGCUGGAGAAAGUUGUGCCACUAAAUGUGCAAUGUAUGAUCCCUUCUAUGUCACACGCACUCACAUACACACACAGGUACGCUUACAUUGCGACGGACCGUGCCAGUGAUGUGUGUUUGUGUUCUGGUCAACACCACUGACUCCUCUGCACAGAGUGAGGGGGAGAAGGGGUGACUAGCGUUUGAACACUACUCUACAGAUCCUGAGCUGCUAUGUGACUGUGGCCAACCAACUGAGUCUGAACAUACAUGACAAGAUAGUUUUGGGAUUUGUUAGACUGAACAAACAGGUAAGCCGUUUACAUUUCAGAGUGCCAUCACAUUUACUUUCAGUGUAGGAAGGACACCUUCAGAAAACAUUAUUUUGAAAAGGCUAAAAAGACGAAAAGUGAAUCUCCAUUACCACGUGACCAAGUUUUUUUUCUAUGAUUGUUGUUGCAUCAAUGUUUAUAGGUCUUUGAGUGUUUCACUGUAAGUCAGAUCCCGGAUGUUGGGUGUUUAACAAGCAAACAAACAAACAAACCAUGUCCUUGUUUUGAGUCCCAGUUUGAGUCGCUCCACUUCAGGAAGACGAGGAUCACAUUCCUUUUUGUGUUUUGUGAAUGUUUUCAGAGAAUUCCAUGAUUUCUUCCGAAUUCCAGUGGGAUCUUGGAGAGAUUUCUCACAUCACUUCAUGGUUUUGCCGUCUCCUUAACCUGACUCUCCACAUGUCUUCAGCGCUUUUAUCUGUAAUGUGAAGCCAACUACUCACCUGAGGCCUACUUGACCUAUCAACAGACUUGGGGCUGCUGUCACUUUUCAUUGAAUUGUUGAUUAGAAAAUCAAUUAUUCCGCUAAAAUUGAUGUAAAAAUGUCUGUGUGAAUACCCGCCUAAUCUGGGUGUUAUUAUAAUGCUACCAUUUUCAAGAUGAAUGAAUUUCAGCUUUAUUGUCUUGAUCUAAUUACACUCUAUAACUGCACCUCUAACAAAAUGCAGUUUAAUGAAUCCCUCAGUCCACAUUUUCUUCAAGCUUCAUACUCCGACCCGCCUUCUGUUCCAGCUGCUGUAUUUGUGUCACGUAUUAAAAUCAUUUGGAAGGGGAGUAGUGGGAGGAGGUCCAGCUCUUGUUCCCAGUGUUCACUGUGAGAUUUUUUUUACCUUGAUUUUGUUAAUAUCUUUGUCCUUACAUCUACUAAGAGCAACUUUAUUUUAUUGAGAUUUUAUGGGGGGAAAAUGUUUUAUAUAAAUGAAAUGAAAGCACGUGAUGUUAUUGAACAAAACAGUGUGGACAUUUACUAGAAGAAUAGUAAAAUGCAGGAUGCGGUUGUCAAAGGGACAGAAGAGCUCGUGGUUGAUGCUGUUGUCUCCCUCUAGCAUCUAGUGGGAACGAGCACCGACCUGCAGCGAAUACAGAUUAUUGCAUUCCCCUGACCUUCUCUUGUCCCAGAGAGCUCCUCCUAGCUCUUUUAUUUCUUCCCAUCAGUAACCGAGAGAAGUGACUGUCCUCUCACUUGUGAUCUUAAAUAAUAAGUGUCACUGCAGCCAUCUCACCAGCAUCUCUCUGGGACAAAAGAAUACCAGUGACAUUCUGGAAAUUGGUUUUCACUAGACACGUCAUAUUGUGAGAUACGGUUAGUAUCCCAAUAUUGUUUCCCACGAUUUGAGUGUAUACUGAAGCAACAGUAAAUUCAAAAUGUUAAGGUAAAGCAGCAGGUUCAGGGGAAACUUUCACAUGCUUUGCCCCUGAUCUAGGUGUUUCCUCACCAAGAAAUAGGGGCAAAGUUGAGGGUGCGUUCCUGUUUAGGUUGGAAAGGCUGAUAUCUGUGUACAUCACUAUACUGUGUCCUAUCUCGUGUUCCUAAUUGUGCUUCUAAAUGAGAAAUAAAUGGUUAAUCGUA